AUGGAUGGUAGCUCCAACCCAAAAACUGAGAAUAAAUACCAUCAAAAAUUAUCGCAUUUGUCAAAUGAGGAAGAUUCCUGUGAUUUCAAUUCAAAAAGGCCCAGAGAAGAGGAUAUUGAAAGAUUAAGAGAUACCAGAACCAAGCUUUUACAAAAACAUUUCGGCUAUACCGAUGACCAAAAUCCCUUUGGGGACGAAGAACUCACUGAACCAUUUGUUUGGGAGAAGAAUGAGAAGUUCCAUUCCUUAGAAGAAGAUUUAAGAUCUGAACAGCCUGACAAAUCAGUACAAUCAAAAGUGGUAAGUCUUUAUUAUGUUAUUAAAGUUCAGAAUGAGUUGAAACAACUAAAGCAAAGACGCCAACAAUAUGAGAAGGAAAAAUCUAGACAAACUGAAUCCAAAUUAGUUAAUAGUAAAGGUGAUAAUGAUGAAGCCUACAGGGAAUGGGAGGCAAAAGGAGUUGAAUUUGAUUUAAAGCAGACAGUGGCAAAACCACUAAUGCGUUUUAAACAAGGGAGACCUAAAUUGAUUGACAAAUUGGUUCUUAUGGUAGACCCAGAUUUCACUGAAUCAUUUCCCGAAACAUUUGAACCUAAUAAUCUAUUUAAAAAUCUCACUGAUGAUGACGUAUCUGAGUCAAUACAAAUUCUAAAUGCUUAUAUUGAACUGGAUAAGAUUCCAGAAUAUUCAGAGUAUUUCAAGAAUUUAAUCGUCAUAGCUAAGGAUCCCAGAGAAAAAAAUUACGAAAUGAGUGGAGUUACACAAAUGGUGGCAGAGAAAAUUGAUGAAAUCUUGUCAAAAAAGUCAAUUUCCGAAUUGAAUGUUUUCGAGAAACAAAUACAAAAAAAGCUUGAAGAAGGGGUGGUGGAUACUAAUUUUUGGGAAACAGCCCUUUCAAGGAUUCCAUAUUUUAAGGUAAUUUUGUUAACCUUAAUUUUCAUUCAGGCCUGUAAAUAUGUAUCAUCAGUUCUAAACCCAAACCAACAUGAUUCUUUAACCGAACUCAAUCAACAAGAAAAUAGAUACAGGAAUGAGGCCGAUGAUGAAAGUAAUAUCAGAGAUAAAGUAAAGGAAAAAGAAUCCAGUUCUAUAAAGGACAGAGAAGUUUAUGAGAAGUUUGUACAAUAUACAAAACUUGAAGAGGGAGAAGAGUUAUUUGACGAAGUUGUGAAGUUAACUGAUGAAAAUACAGAUUUGAAGGCCCCAAUGUAUUAUAACAGAGUUAAAAAGGGAUUUGAGUGGACGAAAUAUAAUUUGGCCCACUACGACCAAGAUAAUCCACCUCCGAAACAAAUCCAAGGGUAUAGGUUUAAUAUAUUCUUCCCUCAGCUCAAGGGCAAAGUUCCAAAAUGGAAGCUCCAAAAGGAUGAAAAUAGAACUGAAACAGUGCUUAUUAGAUUCAUCGGAGGUCACCCUUAUCGGGAUAUCGCAUUCAGAGUGGUUAAUAGGGAGUGGAACACUGACCCUCAAAGAGGCUUUAAAAAUUUCUUCGACAACGGAGUCCUUCACCUUUAUUUUGAUUUUAAAAAAAUCAAAUACAGAAGGUGA